AUGAUCGGCAUCCCCCUCCCCGAGGGAAGGCAGCUCAUCGCCACCGUCAAGACCAACCCCCAGGGCGUCCACACCAUCAGCCUCCAGUGCGAGCCCAACGCGCCGUUGGGACUCCUGCUCCACUGGGGCGUGAUUCGCUCGGCGGUGUCCCAGGACUGGCAGCUCCUCCCGCCCGAGCUCAACCCGCCCGGGACGGUCGUGUACAAGCAAAAGGCGCUCCAGUCCCCGUUCCCGGCGUUCGGGGCCCUCCAGCUCGUCCUCGAUCCCGGCGUCGAUGCCGUGGAAUUUUGCCUCAAGGUUGAGACCACCGGCGACUGGAUCAACGACCACGGUAGGAACUUUCGCAUCGAGCUCGGCGGAUCGCCCAUGGGCGCGGGCGCCGCGCCCAGGGCUCCCACGACGUCCAACUCGUUCGCGCCCGAGUACACCCUGGACGUGCGCAUGCCGCCCACGCCCGCGGGGUCAUCCGCGGUGAACGAACUCGCCGCGGGCCUCGACGUCCUCUUCGGCGUCGCCGCGUACCUCCGAUGGGAGCAGAUGGGUAAGCCCCGCGUGGACGAGGACGAAAAACACCGCAUCUACUCCGACGCCGUCAACCACAUCACGCAGAGGCUGAACAGCGGCGAGAGCGUCGAGGCGCUGGAGACGGAGUUUGGGGUACCCCCGGGACUCGUGCGACAAACCGCGGCGCUCGCCGCGCCUCCGGCGGCGGCGCCCACGCAGGCCAAGCCGACGCCGCCCCCCGGGUUCACCCCUCCGGCGCCGCCCAAGGCGGCGCCCGCUCCCGCGCCCAGUUACGGGUACGACGCCGCGCCCGCGCCCGCGCCGGCCAACGCCGUGAAGCUCAUGGUCAUCGAGGGCCGGCGCACCGCUCAGGGCAUGCUGCAGAUGAUCGUCUUCGGCAGGUCCGACCAGGGGAUCGUGCUGCAUUGGGCCGGGCUCGACCAGCCCGCCGGUGAGUGGAAGAAUCCCCCGCACGGUUGGAGCUCGAUGCCCGAGAACUCGUGGGGCACCGGCGGCGCGAGCUGGGAGACGGAGAUGGAGGCUCUGACCACCGCCCGGGGCUGGCACGCCGCCACCAUCGAGGCGCCGUGCGACCGCGACGGUCUCGUCUUCGUCAUCCGUACCGCCGACAGCGCGCACUGGAUCAAGGACGACGGCCAGGACUUCAUGUGCUUCGCGGAUGAGGCGACGACUCUGACGGAUGUCCGCGCCAUCGUCAAGAGGCGCAAGGAAGAGGAGCGCGCGAGGCGCAAGGCGGAGAAAGAGGAGCAGAGGCGCCGCGAGCGCGAGCAACAGAGGUCUUCCCCGCAGAAGCUCAAGCGCGGGGGGCUCAGCACCACCACCGUCAAGGAGGUCAAGAUGCCCGCCAGGCCCGAGGUGAUCAAGCGCAAGGACUGGAACCACGACGAGAUCAAGAUGCAUCAGGGCGCGCUCGGCCACGCGGGCGCCGCCGGUAACGUCGCGGGCGGGUCCGUCGACAACAUCUGCAACUCGGAGGAGGGCGCGACGCGCUCGCUCAUGCACCGCUUCAACAUCGCGUCCGACCUCAUCCCUCAGUGCAAGGGCGAGGGCGAGGCGGGCCUCGUCGCGAUGGCGGUUUGGUUCCGCUUCAUGGCGCUCAGGCAGCUGGUUUGGAACAACGACUACAACAUCAAGCCCAGGGAAAUCUCCGCGGCCCAACUCAAGUGCACGACGCAGCUCGCGGCGCUGCACAAGGACGACCCGGCGAUGCGCGACGUCACCCGCUUCAUCAUGGCCACCAUCGGCCGCGGCGGCGACGGAGACGUCGGCCAGCGCAUUCGCGACGAGAUUCUCGUGGUUCAGCGCAACAACAACUGCAUGGGUGGCAUGAUGGAGGAGUGGCACCAGAAACUCCACAACAACACCUCGCCCGAUGACGUCCCCAUCUGCGAGGCGCUCAUCAAGUUCAUAGCCGCCGACUGCGACAUCUCGGUUUACUGGGACCACCUCCACGCCAACGGCAUCACCAAGGAGCGCAUGGCCAGCUACGAUCGCAAGAUUUGUGGCGAGCCCUCGUUCAAGCCCGACCAGUACGAAGGCCUCACCCGCGACCUCAAGGAGUACCUCCGCACCCUCAAGGCUGUGCAUUCCGGCGCAGACCUCGACUCCGCGGCGGAGAACGUCAUGGGCUACCACCAGGAUGCGUGCAAGGGCAAGGAGAUCAACAUGCCCCCCGUCACCGAGGUUGCCACCGACCGCAUGCGAACGCUGCUGCACAGCGCUCGCGGCUUCCGCGACCUCGGCGAACCCCUGCACUCCAUGGAGGCCAUGUUGGAGGCUAGGCGCGAGCUCUGGAACUGGACCAGGCCCGGAGGCUCCGACAACAGCCGCCUCAAGGAUGUCAUCUACCUGGAUCUCGCGCUCGAGUCGGCGGUGCGGCAGGUUGUGGAGGCGAAUCUCUCCUCCAUGGCGACUCGCGCUCCGGUGGACGUCCUCAAGAUGACCGGCCUCGCGCUCGAGAACCUGGCGCUGUCGUCCGGCGGUAACGAUGAGCUCGUCAUUUGCCUGCAGCAGUGGCAGGGCGUGGUGGGCAGCGCCAUGAACGGCGGAAACGAUUGGGCGCUCCAGGCCAAAUCCGUGGUUGACCGCGUGAACAACGCGCUGGGCGAGGUUUCCCAGCGAUACAUCAACGCGCUUCAGCCCACCGCGCACGCCAUGGGCGGCAGGCUCGGGGUCGACGGCCACGUCCUCGACAUAUUCUCCGAGGAGGUGGUCCGCGGCACGCCCGCGGCGCCCCUCUCGCAGAUGCUUCGCGCGCUGGACCCCAGGCUCCGCGAGAUGUCCAACAUGGGCUCCUGGUCCAUCAUCUCCCCCGUCGAAGCCGCGGGCGUCAUCGAGGUCAUCAACGACCUCAAGGAUGUCCAGAACAAAACAUACUCCGUGCCCACCGUGCUGGUGUCUCGCCGCGUGGGCGGCGAGGAGGACAUCCCGCCCGGCGUGGUGGGUCUCAUCACCCCGGACAUGCCCGACGUUCUCGCUCACACCUCGGUUCGCGCGAGGAACGAGCGCGUCCUCUUUGCCACCGUCUUUGACGCCGGUCGCAUGUCCGAGCUGGAGGGCAUGCACGGCCAGGCUGUUAACUGCGCGCCGGUGGGGGCGGACGACCUGAGGAUCACGUCCGUGGAUCCGUCCUCGCUCGGUGCGGCGCCCGGUGCCGGGGCGGUGAACAUGUCCAUGUCGGCUCCCCCGAGCGGCGUUAACAUCGCGAAGCGCGAGUUUAUGGGCCGGUACGCGGUUCCCUCGCCCGAGUUUACCGGCGCGAUCGUCGGAGGCAAGUCUAGGAACCUGCAGGAGCUCCGGGGCAGGCUUCCGGACUGGAUCAAUCUUCCCGCGCAGGUGGCGCUCCCGUUCUGCACGUUCGACGCCGUGCUCGCGCAUCCCAACAAUGGUCACAUCGCGCAGCACUUGCAGGGUCUGCGCCAGGAGUUGGAACACCUCGACUUUAGCAACCAGGCGGCGUUCCAGGACCUUCUGGGCAGGAUCCGCGCGUGCAUCAUGCAGAUGGUUCCCACGCCGGAGCUCGUGGACGAGAUGUCGCGGGCGUUCGCGGCGGAGCGGCUGCCGUGGCCCGAGGGUCACCUCGGGCCGGAGGGCGCGGGUGGGAGCGGCGCCGCGGCGCACGCGUGGGCCGCCGUCACCGGCGUGUGGGCGUCCAAGUACAACGAUCGCGCCGUGCUGAGCUGCCGCAAGGCGGGUCUUAGCCACGAGAACGUGUCCAUGGCGGUGCUGUGUCAGCCGGUGGUGCAGUCGCAGUACGCAUUCGUGCUGCACACCACCAACCCGCAGACUGGCGACCCCAACGAAAUUUACGGAGAGGUCGUCUGCGGCAUGGGCGAGGCGCUCGUGGGUAACUUUCCGGGCCGUGCGCUGAGCUUCGUGGCGAGGAAGGACGAUCUGACCAACGCCAGGGUGACCGGCUUCCCUUCCAAGGCGAACGGGCUGUUCACCGACGCGCCCACGCUCAUCUUCCGCUCCGACUCAAACGGCGAAGAUCUGGAGGGCUUCGCGGGUGCGGGCCUAUACGACUCGAUCCAGAUGCACGAGGCGAAGCUCAGGCCGGUGGACUACUCCAGGGAUCCCAUCGUGAGCGAUGAGACUUUCCGCGCGCAGGCGCUCGCGGCCAUCGCGCACGCCGCGAACGAGAUUGAACAGGCGCUCGGAUCGCCGCAGGAUAUCGAGGGGUGCAUCGCGGCGGAUGGCGCUCUCUACGUGGUGCAGACGAGGCCGCAGGUGUGAUCGAGUUAGGAGGUGUCGCGGGUGAAAGCGCAUCCGUAAACUGCAAAGCCCCGGGGCAUAGGGUCCCCGCGGCGUGAAUCGGUUAAGUUAAGUUAAUUAGGCGCGGCGGCGGAGCUUCCUGCUAGCAAGGAACGCCUAGCCAGAGUAUUUUAUUGUUUCCACUAAAGUGUGUCAUUCCUACAC